UAUAAUUGCCUCGCUUGACUUGACCAUUGGCAAUCUAUUGUUGAAUUCGUUGAAUAAGAAAGACAUUUUUCAUCUUCGUUUACAUCACACUGUCGUUUAUAACUAAUUUAAAGGAAAAAAAAUCAGAAGGAAGUCUUCUAGAAUUGUGAUUUUAUUGUAGCCGAUAUCCGUUUGUGUUUAGUUUUUUUUACGAUGGAACGAAACAUUGCUGAAACCGUUCACAAUGUUGACGAUACUUUUUACGGCAAAUACAUGAAAAAUCGACGAAAAAUUCAAAAGCUCGCCAUCGCCGAUCCGAAGAGCUAUGCUUCGGUAGUGGUCAAAGCUGUGGAUCACUUUGUUACGGCUUCAGUCAUGAUGCAAGACCACUCGGAUGAGGUACUAAAAUCCGUUUGCGUUGAAACAAUUUUGAGAGAGUAUGCCGAUGGUUUGCGAGCAAGUGAAAUUUUUGCAGUUUGGCUGCCAGAUGUUCGACAAAAAGUUCAGUCAAUAGCUGGUGAUGUCAUUAAACGUGAAACAAAAAGAUCAUCCGCAGUCGACCGAAAUGCACGGAUAUGUUAUGGCAUUUUGAUGAUCGAAAAAUGUGACAUGGAUUCCAUCAGAGAAGCAAUCAAAUUCCAUGACAUGUCCAGAAAGAAAUAUCCGACCGAAAUAUUUUUCUGGAGAACCUAUUGCUAUCUGUUUACGUUUACGAAGGAUUGGGAAGGUGGUUUGAAGGCCUGUGAUGAGGCAUGUCAACUUUUUCCGACUGAUGAAAGCAUUCUGAAUGCACGAGCUUCGACGCUGAGAAUGAUGACAGAUGUUGGUAACGUCGAUUACAUAAAUUGGAGCAAGCAAAAGAAGCAGGCCGAAGAUGUGAAACAGGCGUUCAAAGAUUAUCUGAAAAUUGCGCCCAAAGAUCACAGACAUUUCGCCGAGAACAAUUACUUGGUGGCAUAUUUGGCAUUCAAGUAUGCAGCUCCAUCGUCAGAGAUGAUGAUUGACGAUAUACGUGAAAUUAACCAUUACUAUCAAAAUGGUCUAAAAGCGGAAAACGACAUCAUUCCAUGUUUUUUGCCAUACACUUCAGAGGCGAAAAAAUUUGUGGCCGCACAUGUGAAUAUCCAACCGGCGAUGAAUGUAUUUGUCGAUAGUAGAGACUCCCGCAUCGCACAUGUAACAUUCGGACCACCGAAGACAGGUUUCCUUCACAUCGAUGAAACGACUUACAUAAACAUGCGAAUGCCGACGAAACGGAGAAUCGAUGCGUGUGUUGAACAUCGUCGUCGCUUGAAAGACAUGUUAUCAGAUCCAGCCGUCGCGUCUCUAGCCCAACUCCUUCCUGACAUUAACACGAGUCCGAUGCCAUCACCAUUGAACUAUGACGAUUAUGAAGAACUCAUUUUGCAUCAAAUGACUAUGACAAAGGUGUCACGUGCACAUACAUCGAAAAUGAUUCAGUUGACUAUGGUGGAAGACCUCAUCUACAGUUCAAGUUGCUUUGAGACAGUUGUCGCUGACACAACCGGAGACAUCAUCAAAUUACUGGUUAAUUUGGGUACCGAACGUCCAGAGAAUCAUCGUCUGAAGGAAUUGAUGCAGAGGCUUCAAUUUGGAACGGUGUGGAAGCUAUUGAAUCCGGAUUUUCAUAUGGAGAAUGGAGACGAAAGUACAAUGUUUAUCAGAGCGACCCCUGAAUUCCUGAUUCCAGUCAGUGAUGGACCCAAGUGUCGAACGUGUUUCAAACCACUGAGCCCUGGCCAAAAGUGUGCCAAGUGCAAAUUGGCAAUUUAUUGUGGAAAAGAUUGUCAGCGCUUAGAUUGGCAGUGCUUAAAACACAAAUUGAUUUGUGGCGAAGCAUACGCUAACUUAUACAAGUAGAUUGUAUGUUCCGAUGUUGAAUAAAUAUUCUGUCCGUUGAAUUUUA